CUAUGCCUCCCUUCUCCGAUGUAGACUUUUAACGUUCAUAUUUUUCUUCGCUUUUUUUUGAAGUUUUAUAUGAAAAAUACAGUUAUGAAAAUACCGAGCAACUUAUAAGUUAUAUCAAAGGUGUUUUUGAAAUAUUCUGAGAUUUGCUCAGCACUAUUUUCUCUCGCUCUUUGCUUUUCUUCUUCUUCUGCAAUGGCAGCUAAAUCGACCAAAGAGGAAAAACCAUUCUUAUCUGGGAUGGUGGAUGAAAGCACCAGGUUACCGGUUGACAUUUCAUGCUUUGAGUUGAUUAAACCUGGAUUUGAUGAGACAAACCAGCAUUGUUCUCUCGAUGUAUUGCCUAUUCUAAUAGAGGAGACUUCAUUUCCGGUAGGAGAAAAAUGCAGCAUAAACACUUCACACGGCCAAGAUGUCUAUAGCAUUUCUCUGUUGCCUGAGGAAGGAAACACGAGUCCAAAUUGUACACCACAGUUAUCCGUUUUGAGCCUCCUAGAAGUUCCCUUUUCAUCGAAAAACCAGAUGUUUUUGGAUGCACCGCUGAGUUACCAGAACUGCAUUGACUUGAAAGUGAAUGGUGGAGGUGGAUACUCAUCCUGCAUUCUGGAUAUAAACAUCGAGAAAGAGAAUCUUGACACGCUUAAAUCCAGUGAUGAAACCGUUGGAAAUUUAAAAAGUGAAGGCGUAGUGACACAUUUACAGAAGGUGUUUCAGAGACAAGCAAGCUUAACUCUAGACAAAUCAUCAACGGAUAGGGUUAAUGAUGCACCUACGAACAGGUGGAGGAGAUAUAAGCGAGCUGCGUCAUUUGACUCGAGGAAAGUAGUCCUCCUUUUCUCAAUCUUGUCAAGUAUGGGGACAUUGAUAUUGAUUUAUCUGACGCUGAGAGUUAGGCAAAGUAUCGAUGGGUACAACCAUGCCUAGCGCCUUCGUAUUCGUCUCCUUCAAACCCAUACUCAUUUUCUUUUUUUUGAAAUUUCUUGAGAACUAUCGUGUCAUUAAGAACUACUGUUUUAAGUUUAGCUUUUCAGUGUCUAUACAUAUACAUAUACACCUUUUCUUU